AAAAAGCAGCGCAGAGCUGCCCUGAAGAAGGAGAGGAGAAAACGGAAACGCCAAGCUCUCGCUCUUGGACUUGCAAAUGGAGCUGAAGAAGUGGACGAGAUAAAAGCUAGUGAUAGUGAGGAUGAUGAUGCUGCUGCUGAAGAAGAAAGACAGCGACUGCAUGAAGAGUGGCUGGAAAGAGAGAGGCUGGCCCAGGAGGAGUUUAGGCUAAGGUCAGAGAGGGAGGAUGCUGCAAGGAAAAGAAAAGAAGACGAGGAGCGGAUGAUAAAGGACGAAUGGGAUGCCCGGCAAAGGAGAGAAGAAGAGGAAAAAGAGCAAAAGCAGCAGGAGAAGCGGGACAGAGAGUUAGAUAAUGGAGGGCCGUGGAUGAAUCCUGAGGCCCCAGUGACUGUAAACCCAGAAAACUUUGGAACAGAGCGCGACGUGGCCAACUGUCCCUUCUUCCUUAAGACCGGAUCAUGCAGAUUUGGAGAGAGGUGUUCUCGGAAGCACGUGUAUCCCACAGCCAGCCCCACUCUGAUGGUGCGAGGCAUGUUCCGAACGUUUGGGAUGGAGGAGCUGCGGCGGGACGACUACGACAUGGACGCCUGUCUGGAGCACAGCGAGGAGGAGCUGCAGGAGUCCUUCCUGGAGUUUUACCACGACGUCCUGCCCGAGUUCAAACAGUUUGGCAAAGUGGUGCAGUUCAAGGUCUGCUGCAAUUACGAGCCCCACCUGAGGGGAAACGUGUACAUUCAGUUUGAGACAGAGGAUCAGUGCAAAGAGGCUUUAAUGAAGUUCAAUGGGAGGUGGUAUGCAGGCCGACAGCUGCACUGUGAGAUUUGCCCAGUCACUCGCUGGAAAAACGCCAUAUGCGGACUGUUUGACAGGAAAAAGUGCCCCAAAGGGAAACACUGCAACUUCCUGCACGUGUUCCGAAACCCCGGCAAUGAGUUCUGGGAGGCCGACAGGGAUUUGUGCCUCUCCCCGGACCGCAGCGUCAGGGGGAGCCGGAGGGACGGCUGGCACUCGCAGAGGCUCCGAGACAGGUCGUGGAGGCAGCGCCGCUACAGCCGAAGCCCCGACCGCCGGUCUGAGCGCUCCGACGGCCGGCGAGAGGAGGCCAGGAGGAGGAGCCGCAGCAGAGAGAGGAGGUCCUCCUACCAGCACGGGGAAGGCAGCUGGUCAUCCAGAUCCCGACGCGGUGACAGCUGGACCGAUCGGCGGCGGAGUAAAGAGAGGUCGAGGAGCAGAAGCAGAGACAAAGAGCAGCAGAGGCCGAGGGAUAAGGAGUACAAGCGCAGGGACAGAUGUGAGGACAGAGACGGAACUGACGAGGACGCUCCAAGAGAGGGAAGAAAGAAGUCGAGAAGCACAAGUAGAGAGAAGAAAAGGAAGCAGAGCAAAGAAAAAAGCCCCAAGAAGUCAGAUAAAAGGAAGAGAUCGCCCACUGAUGAUUCGAACACACACCGCCGUCACAAACGCUCCAAAAAAAACAAGAAGAGCAAGAAGAAACAUAAGAAGAAAAGCCCGGUGCAGGAUGCGACAGCCUCAUCUGGAGAGUCACAGGAAGAGACUGUGGAUAAUCCUCUGCCACACACUCCCAGCGGAGACUUAACAAACCCUGAGAUAAGACAGGAGAAAUGUGUGGAGGACGAUUUAAGCCAAGGGGCGAAAAGUGAGCUGGCCGGCACUGAAAUGAGCAGCGAGUUGAACGGAAACAGCAAAAUGGAUUCUUCUGAGAGACCACUG